AUGACCGCGAAUCCGCCAAUUUCAGGAUCCGGCUCGGGGACUCACCAGUCCUCCGACAACUUCCGAGUCAUCCGGAAAAGGAACAGAGUACCCGUCUCUUGCGGUCCUUGUAGGCAUAGAAAGCUCAAAUGUAAUCGUCAAAGUCCGUGCGAGAAUUGCGUGAAGAGGGACGAUAUCGCUUCUUGCAACUAUGCAUCCGUCGCAGCCCGAAACAGACGCGCCAACGCCGCUGGCGAUAAAGCCUCGCCGGACGAUAUGCAAGCCCGGAUCGAUCGGCUGGAAGGUCUCGUCCUGUCGUUGAUGGGUAGUGGCGCCCCGGACGUCAACCGUCGGGGGUCCAAGGACUCAGCCAAGGAAGAUGUGGACAUCGAUGAAGACGCCGGGUCGCAAAUGCACACGGAGGAAACCACAAGCGAAGAAGGUACGAAUAUUGAAGAUCAACAUGAUUUUAAUGUCAAAUCGGAAGUGGAUGACGAUGUUGAGGAUGUACGAAGGUACGCGGAGCGAAGGCCAUUCUAG